AUCGAGUCUACUGGUUACGAGGUCAUGCUGUGUUCGUUGUGUCUGGAAGAAGGGGUGCGGUGCAAAAUGGUUGAUGGGGUAAAGAGUUGUUCUCAGUGUACCAAGCGGGGUUGUUCAUGUGACGCUGGCUGGGUUUCUAUGUCCUCUCAACGUCUGCUGGAACGCCAGCGAGAGUUAGCGGAUGCUCAAGCUCGUCUUUCCGAGUCCUUAGGUCGUUUGUUUCGUUUGAAGAAGCAGCAACGCUUCCUUCAGGAGAAGGGGAUAAAGCUGGUAAAUGAGGGUCUG